CUGCCGGGGUAAGCACGUGGUUCCGUAUGUGUGUCAGACAGAGGUUUUCUGAGCUCCCCCUCUCUUUUUUCCCCCCCAGACAGUUAAUAUUCAUUUUCCAGCACUUUUAUCCUCUACCAACCCACGACGAUUCGAAACGACAACCGGGAGGAGUGUGUGUGUGUGUUGUGCCAUCCGAUCCAUCUCGUUCGCGGGUCAUGACGCUCGAGGCGAUCCGUUACCGGGCCGGGUCUCUGCAGAUUCUUAACCAGCUGCUCCUACCGCAGGAGACUGUGUACGAUGAGGUCCGCACAGUGCAGGACGGCUAUGAAGCGAUCAAGUCCAUGAAGGUACGGGGGGCUCCUGCCAUCGCCAUCGUAGGCUGUCUGAGCCUGGCAGUGGAGCUGCGCGCAGGUGCCGGGGGCAACGACCCCGUGACCUUCAUCCGGGAGUCUCUGUGUCACCUGACUUCUGCAAGACCCACGGCCGUCAAUAUGGGCCGGGCCGCCCGAGAACUGAUGGAGUUUGCCGAGAACGAGAGCAUGGAGAAAAACACAGAACAACUCACAGAGAGUGUGAUUGGCUGGAUCGAGGAGAUGCUGGAGCGGGAUGUCAAUGACAACAAGAAGAUCGGUAACUACGGAGCUCAACACAUCCUGUCUGGUGUUCCCCGAGACUCAGUCACGAUCUUAACUCACUGCAACACCGGGUCACUGGCCACGGCAGGAUACGGCACCGCACUGGGUGUGGUGCGUUCCCUCCAUGCUCUCGGCAGACUGAAGCGGAUGUAUUGUACAGAGACCAGACCCUAUAACCAAGGGGCCAGACUGACAGCCUAUGAGGCCGUGGCUGAAGGUUUCCCUGCUACUCUCAUCACAGACAGCAUGGCUGCACUCACCAUGAGAGAGAAGAGCAUCACAGCUGUUGUCGUAGGGGCGGACAGGGUGGUUGCUAACGGUGAUACGGCCAACAAAAUCGGCACGUACCAACUGGCCAUCGCCGCAAAGCACCAUGGGAUCCCGUUCUACGUGGCGGCGCCCAGCACGUCAUGUGACCUGAGUCUGGAGAGCGGCCGGCACAUUGUCAUCGAGGAGCGCCCCGCCGAGGAACUCACCAGCAUCAACGGAGUACCCAUCGCUGCCCCAGGUAUUGAUGUGUGGAACCCGGCGUUUGACGUGACCCCCCACCAGCUGAUAACAGGGGGCAUCAUCACAGAGCUGGGGGUGUUUCUGCCCUCGGAGCUGCAGGCAGCACUCACCGGCCGUCUCACUGCCCUGUAGACGGCACUAUCACCACCCGCUGGCCGCCGUGCGCUACUGCACCUUAAUAUUCCUGCUCUCACUCUCUCAUACGACUUCCACGUCCUCACGCACACAAAUGAUGUGGAAGUCCAGUUUUGUUACAUUUACACACACAGUCAGUGUUCUACAAACUCACACGUUUUACGUGUGUCUCACACACACAUCAACACAGGAACUCAGACACACACAUCAAACCCGCUCCUGUCUCUCUCCUCUCUCUGGUCUCUCCUGUCCCUCCCUCUCUCUCCUCUCUCUGGUCUCUCCUGUCCCUCCCUCUCUCUCCUCUCCUGUGUUCAUCUCCUGUCUCUCUCCUCUCUCUGGUCUCUUGUCCCUCCCUCUCUCUCCUCUCUCUGGUCUCUUGUCCCUCCCUCUCUCUCCUCUCUCUGGUCUCUCCUGUCCCUCCCUCUCUCUCCUCUCCUGUGUUCAUCUCCUGUCUCUCCUCUCUCUGGUCUCUCCUGUCCCUCCCUCUCUCUACUCUCUCUGGUCUCUCCUCUCUCUGGUCUCUCCUGUGUUCAUCUCCUGUCUCUCCUCUCUCUGGUCUCUCCUGUCCCUCCCUCUCUCUACUCUCUCUGGUCUCUCCUCUCUCUGGUCUCUCCUGUGUUCAUCUCCUGUCUCUCUUCUCUCUCUGGUCUCUCCUCUCUCUGGUCUCUCCUGUCUCUCUCUGGUCUCUCCUCUCUCUGGUCUCUCCUGUCCCUCUCUCUGGUCUCUCCUCACUCUGGUCUCUCCUGCCCCUCCCUCUCUCUCCUCUCUCUGGUCUCUCCUCUCUCUGGUCUCUCCUCUCUCUGGUCUCUCCUCUCUCUGGUCUCCUCUCUCUGGUCUCUCCUGUCCCUCCCUCUCUCUCCUCUCUGGUCUCUCCUCUCUCUGGUCUCUCCUCUCUCUGGUCUCUCCUCUCUCUGGUCUCUCCUGUCCCUCCCUCUCUCUCCUCUCUCUGGUCUCUCCUGUGUUCAUCUCCUGUCACCGACAGAACGAACCAGUCUCCUUCAGAAGAACUGGCCUAUACUACAUCCUGAUCAGAUCAGAGUUCUCCAAACAGUUAGGAAUGAAAAAUGUAACAGUUAUACCCAAUCACAAUAUUAUAUAUUCACAUGUAGUUUUCUCUGGAAAAGUGUUUCAUAGAAAUGUGAGUUUAAGAAAAUUGACGACACUUGAUUGCUGAAAAUACAUUGGUGAGUCUCAAAUAGCACCUUAUUCCCUUUAUAGUGCACUAUUUGACUACAGCCCAUAGGCUCUAGCCAAAAGUAGUGCACUAUAUAUGGAAUAGGGCUCUAGCCAAAAGUAGUGCACUAUAUGGGGAAUAGGGCUCUAGCCAAAAGUAGUGCACUAUAUAGGGAAUAGGGCUCUGGUCUAAAGUAGGGCACUAUAUAGGGAACAGGGCUCUAGCCAAAAGUAGUGCACUAUAUAUGGAACAGGGCUCUGGUCUAAAGUAGUGCACUAUAUAUGGAACAGGGCUCUGGUCUAAAGUAGUGCACUAUAUAUGGAACAGGGCUCUGGUCUAGAGUAGUGCACUAUAUAGGGAACAGGGCUCUGUGCCUAAAGUAGUGCACUAUAUAGGGACUAGGGGGGUCAUUUGAGACACAACCAUUACCAAAGUAACUGAAAUUAGAACUAUUCAAACCAAAACAAAGCAAGUUGACAUUAUCUCGAGCAAAACCUCUUUAGUCAGCUGAUGCGUAUAACUUGUGGCUACCUCCCUAUACCUCACAUAAUGUCUGUACCUCGCUGGUCCAAUCUGUACCGUAUCGUCCCCGACCCCCAGGGUUAUCAAACCUCUCCUCAGACGUUUCACCUGGUCGAGGGCUUGAUGAUUAGUUGACAAGUUUUUUUUUUUUUUUACCUUUAGUUUACUAGGCAAGUUAAGAACAAAUUCUUAUUUUCAAUGACGGCCUAGGAACAGUGGGUUAACUGCCUGUUCAGGGGCAGAAAGACAGAUUUGUCAGCUCGGGGAUUCGAACUUGCAACCUUUUGGUUACUAGUCCAACGCUCUAACCACUAGGCUACCCUGCCGCCCUUGAAUCAGGAGAGCUAGCUGUGGACCUGGGUCCCGGAGGAGAGGUUUAAAAACCACCGCCCUACUGUACCAUAUCAGACUACACAGAAUACACAGAAACACUAUAUAUACUCUCAACACCAAUCUCCAUCUUAUUAGGCCUGGACAACAAGUCAAGCAAAAUAAACCCUUUUUCCUCUUGGCCCGAGAUGGAACUCUCGGCUUUAAACAACAAUUGAAUGGAAUGUUGAUGUUUGUUCUAAAGAUUGUAUUUCUAUGAUGUACUGAAUGUCACAGGGGCCCUGCACUGCUCAAUGCCUUUCACCACCAGCACCACCGCUCACACACAGGACAGGACAGGACAGGACAGGACAGGCAGGCAUCCCGAAUGGCAUCCUAUUACCUAAAUGGUGCAAUACUUUUGACCAGAGCUUUGGUCGUAAGUAGUGCACAAUAGAGGGAAUAAUAGGUUGUAAUUUGGGACAGGGCCCAGGACAGCAGGCUAACAGGGAGGAACGUAGUCCUUCAACCCCCCCCCCCCCCCCCCCAAACUCCUUGCUCUAGUGAACCGCUAGGCCACGCCCAUGAACGUUAGUUUCUUCUCCGCAAUGAGACUGGAUCUGAGAACGAUUUCUAGAACGCAAACGCAUUCUAACCAUUCUGAUUGGUCCCACAAACCGAUGGGUUGGGCCAGAGUCAGAAAGGCGGCGUUUUGAAAAUUCGUCAUUGGCUUUGAUACUCUGAUUGGUUAGAGAUGAUCCAAUCGCUGAUGACUUUGUUUUUUUACAACACCCCUCAUUAUGUCGUCGCCACAAACGCCUUCAACGAUGGCAGUCUGACUGAAGUAUGUAGCCAACAUAGAGCAGGGGGAAAAUGUACAGUCCUUUGAGUUGUCAGGCAAGUCUGGAAGGUCAGAGGUGAAAUACAUCCCCAAAUCCACUACUCUACUACUCCAUCAUCCCUCAUUCAGAAACCUCUGAUCUCUAAACACACCACACCUCCUCGCCCAUUGGACCAUUUCUGGUCCACACCAGGCAUUCUUAUCUAGAACUUUCAUGUCAAAAAAAAUAAUACAUUAUUUUGAAUUCUAGAAUCCGUAGUGUCAUAACUGUUCCAUAUUCUAGAAUCGCAGUAGAACAGAGACCCCUACGUCCCCAACCUCUCCCUGUCAAACUUACCCCUCUCUCUCUCUCUCCCUUCCUCUCACAGCGAUGCUGUUGGCUGUCAAAUCACAUAAGGGUCUAGAAUCAAACACCACUGUUGUGUUUUGGGGUUCCUUUCUUUGUCUUUUAUUUUGAGAAACUGAACUGGAAUAAAUCAGAGGGGAGAGUUUUAACGGUCGAGAACAAUGUAGCAACUUUGUCGCCAUCCGUAGAUUGUUAUGUUGAAAACUUUUUAAAAAGGGUACGAGAAUCCGUUUGUCUCUUAUCAUGAAGACUUUUGUUGUUGUUGUCGUUGACUGGAAACCAGAUGCUGUUCUGUGUUAACAUUUCACCCCUUGUAGUCCGGGGCAUUGUUUGGCAUGACAAAGAGUGGAAGGAUGGCACGAACAGACUGGUAACCAGGCUACUCUUGUUUGGCUGUGAUCAGUUGUUUUAUUGUGGUGAUUCUUAGUGAUAAAGCUGUUGUUAAUGAGACUACACUGAGAGGCCUCCUCGACCACACACACAUAUUAUCACACACACACACACACACACACACUGAUAAAAUGUCAGGAUAGACUGUGUUUAAUUGGAAUUAUCUGCCAGUCAGUCACCCAAAGGUUCUGUUUAUUUAGCAGGCUCGGGGAUGUGUCCCAAAUGGCACCCUAUUUCCUUUGUAGUGCACUAUUUUUAACCUGGGCCCUAUAGGGUUCUGAUCAAAAGUAGUGCACUAAUAUAGGGAAUAGGGUGACAUUUGGACGCAUACUAGAUCUAGACAGAGGACACCCUAUUGAAUAGUGUAAAAUAUCUCCUACUCUCUGUACUGAGGGCAUCUUAAGAGGCAGUAAAUCCCCAGUGUACUGUAGGAAACCAUCUGUCCUUCCUCUUGUUCUCCGUCCCCAAUAACCACACUAGGAUACUAUCUAGUAUGCACGGGCUGAAUUGCUUCAUACUAAGUAGUAUGCAAGGGUGGAUACUUCGGGACAUGACCUAAUGAGUCUAGUUUUUGGGAGAGGAAGAUGCCAAAUUAAGUGCCAAAUGCAACGCUAUCAUCACUUCUACUCCCUCUGAGAUUUCAACCAACGGGAGAUUGUCCUGAUGACCGGGUGUUUGUGAAUAAGCCAAUAGGAAGCAUGGCUGGUGAUAUUAGUGCGGGUGGGGGUGUAGUCGAUUAGAAGGCCUCUUUCUACGUGUAGUUAUGUUAUUGUUUAUAUUCAUAUCUGGGGUUUAGUUUUGUAUCAUGUGGAAAUAGUUCAAAAAUUGAUGUUUUUUUAAUAUGAAUAUAAUGCUGUAAACUGCAUACCUGAAUUAAGAAGAGAUUUCUCUUUCACGACAAUACAAUAAAGAGUGAACAAAAACA